AUGAUCGUAAUCCGGCUCAUUCGCCACGGAGAUUCCAAUGGUAACCACAAACAGUUCUACUUUUCGAUGAUCUAUUAUCAAUAUUCGGCAAUUCUUAUUACCAUUACUGUUCUCGUCAUUCAUUUGACAUUUGCUUGGUCACCAUCAUCGCCAUCAUCUCUGAAAGAUAAAUUACGAUCGAAAAAGAAUGACAGCUCAUCACACAUUCACGAUCGAGCAUUCGCUCAAAAAACGAAAUUACGAAAUCUUACAACAUUGAUUCAUAAUCGUUUCAAACCAUCUGUUGACGAGAACGAUAUACCCACGGAUGAAUAUGAAAACGAAGACCAUCAUGCACAUGAUUCUUCUUCUUCGAGAAGCGAUUCAACAGCAAAUGUUGUAGUUUUGACAUCUCUCUCAGGUGUUUAUGUUUGGUGGCCAGUUUUAUUUGGUGGUGAUGAUUCAUUUCAUCUUUUACUCUCUCAGGAAGAUGUGCCGCGUUUUCACGAUGUGACUGGUGACGAACAUGGUCAUAUUUAUUUGACUGCACCACAUGAGCGCACUGUUUAUCGUAUGCAAUAUUCCGAUGGAUGGUGGAUCUCGAAUUUUUCGAAUCAUUCGUUGAUGAAUUCAAUUCGCAGUGAAAUGCCGUUAUUUGUUAACAUUCAUCAUGUUUCAUCAAUACUCUAUGUGUAUGGUCAUUCAGAUAUUCAAACAAUCGACUUAUUAGAACGACCACGCGCACGUGGUUCAGCCCCAUUUAUGAAUCGUUUACGUGAACUAAGUCCAAAUCUACGUAUUAGCGAUUUAAUUAUCGAUCAGUUGACAUCCGAUGGUUACAUAAUCGGCGAUUCUUACGGUUGGUGUACAGUCAUACGUUGUUCGUUAAGUGUCAAUAAAUGUGAUUUUCUAUUCAAAAUACCUUCAUCAUACGAUAAUCGACCAUAUCCAUGUACAGCAACAAUUGAUUUCUCAACGAAAAUCAUCUAUUUGAGUUUAGAAGAAAAGAUUCUCGCCGUUCAUUUGAACGAACAAACCAGCUUCGAUCGACGGUAUACUCUAACAGAAAAACGUGGACCACGGUCAACACUAGGUUACGAUGAUAUCAUCACACAUAACAAUACAAUUCUUUACACUGAUGUUCUUCGUCCACUCUUACAUAUUUGUACAUCAGUAAAUUUCAAUCCGUGCUUAAAUAUCUCAUUAACAUUUCCUUCACCACAACGAACAAUACUGCCACUUCGUUUGAGUGUUAUUCAAGCACCUAAUUUUCGUCCACCUAUGUUCGAUGAGGAGGGCGAUGAAACUGAGAUUCGUUCGAAUCACUCUGAUCUCGAACCCUCUGCAUUACACGCGCAAAAUAAAACAUCCGAUUUACAAUCUUUGAUUGCCGAUAGAGACAAGAGCAAAUCGUCGAAAACAAAUCUAAGCAGUAUCUGGAUGCUUCUUCUCGGUAUUUGUAUUGGUUUACUUGUUGCUGGUCUGUCAUUUCUGAUCUAUUAUGUAACGUGGAAUAAAAAUCGACCACGAAUCAAACAAGCAAUGUCAUCAACAAAAAUAAUUUCGUCAUCAUCAAUGAAAGGAAUUAUACCUGCUGAUAGUCCACCACUUGUAAAUACUCGAAGAAAGCGAAAUGGAACGAAAAGUAAAAGCUCGAUGCAGCCAUCGACUGAUUCAACAACGAAUCAUUUGAUCGAAUCCACGACAUAUUCAAGUACUACUGGUUCAAGUGAAUGGACAACAGUUACAACUAGUUCAUUGAGUUAUCAGCCACAUAUUAUUCUUUAA